AUGGAAUACCGCUCGGAGAGAAAUAGACGGUUAGCGGAGGAGCGCAUUUGGCGUCUCGUGUUUGAGAGGGCUAGAGGGACCGACUGGCUACUUAGAGGCGACCGAGGGAGAGGAGGCCUGGCAAGUAGCCAGCGUUCGCCUCGAACCUCCUCUCUCGUCGUAUUCGGUUUCUUUAUUCCACUUUCCUGCUCCUUCUUUGAGCUUUAACCCGUUUUUUGUUUCUAUUUCAGUUUGUGGAUUUUGUUAAUAACGCAUUUUUUGGCUGACUUUGAGAAUGACCUCAUUCCAAUAUGUUCGUGAAUUUUGAACGAAAAAAAAUUUUUUUUUUGCAACGAUCAGCUUUAUUUUUUUUCUCAUAUUCACAGGUACCUCAUUCUUUCAGGAUUUCAUUUAAAGCUCUUUUUUUCAAGUUCAUUUUUAAUAAUUUUUAAACAAAAUUUUUCAAUGUCUUUGCAUAUUUUUUUCAAAUCAAAAAUUUUUAAACUUUUUUUCGAGCUAUCAACUUAGAGGAAAGUUUAGCGAAAUAAAGAUUUAAAAACUGCUUUUUGAAACUUUGUGAAAAAAACAGCAGCUGCCUUUUUUUAUUUAUUUUUUUACAUUCGAAAAUAAAACAUUCCAGUGAAUUUUUUUACUCAUAGCUCAAAAUUUUUUUUAUUGCAAAAGUUACUUUAUGUAAGAGAAUUGACUCUCUGGAGUCGGUCAAGUAGCACAACUUCAUUAUUUUUAAGAAAAAAAUCACACUUUGAAGGUCAUUUGUCUGGAUCAGCAAAUUUGAAAAUUUCAUGCCGAUUUGAGAAUUUUUUAAGAUUUCUAACUUUUUUCUCUAACAACUUGAUCAUUUUUGUCUUAAUUUCAAGGAUGUCGAAGUUGCAAAGUAUUUGAACCUUUUUCCUCCGAAGUUGAUAUAGAGUGUCGCAGUAACUCGUACAAAUCUAGGGAACAAUCUCAAAACGUUCGAAGAACCAGUCUCGUGCAACUUUUUUCCAUCGAAUUUCUAUUCUCUUCUGCUCAAAUGAAUCACGUUUCCUGCAGAAAUAUUCCGUUUUGCGCCUGCAAACGUAUUCCUCCGACGCGAAACUUUUUAUUGCGCAUAUUUUAUGGGUUGAGCAGCAUAUCUCCGCGCAUCUGCUUUGUUUUUCUUAACGUCCAUGCGCCGCAAUCGUUUUAUCUCAACCCCAUUUGCGGCCCAACUGAUCGUAAAUUUCUUUCGUCCUAGGAAAGGCCGACCGGGGGUCCAUGGCAGUUGAGCGGACCAACGACUGAAAACCUGGACGUGCUGUAAAACGGCUAUGCCUGUCAUCGGCCAACACCAUCCGGCAACUUCAUUUUCUUCCUAUUCGGCUGUUUUUGACGGGAACUCGGUGCUUUUUGGAGUCGUCAGUAUCGUCAUGCUGGCUUCUGUCGUCAGUAUCUGCACUUGCUGCGGGAAAAAGCCCAAGAAAAGGUCAGUUCUUUUUUUUUUGAUUCCAAUUGUUUUUUAUAUAGAAUUAUAAUGCUCUAAAGAUUUUUCUUCCGUCUUAAAAAAAAUGGCUCUGAAAACUUUUGAAAUAUUUUCUAAAAAUCGAGAGAAAAAUACAAUUUCAUUCAUAAAAUCAAGCUCAUUUCCGAUUUCUCGCUCCAAAACUCUAACGAAUAUUUUUUCAGAGAAGAUGAGGAAGUCUACGGAGUUUACAGCAACCCUGUCGUACCUCCUACAGCUCCAGGCGACAGUCCAACAAAUCGAACCAUCAACUUUCGUUCUUUAACGAAAGCUGCCCGACUACACGACCGUCAUUCCCAACCUGUUGGGCCAAAAGUUAGAUUUUUAUGAUUUUUAAUGGAGUAAAAAAAUUAUUUGAUUGGAUUUUUGAAAAAAAUUUGAAAGAGGCUGUUAGGCUUGAAAUCAAAGCAAAAAAAAUCAGAAUCUAAGUGUUGAAAAUGCUCUAUUUAUCAAUUUAUUCGAUUUUUUUCCAGGCUAAAAAUAUGUUUUUUUUUUUUUUUUGUAAUUAAAAGCUGAUUCUUCAGAUAGUGCUACUCCAGUUUUUCAAUAUAUUAUUUUUUAUUCACAGAGAGGAACAAUGAGCGCCCGAGCGUCAGCUCCUCUUCCAACUGGUCGAGCUUUACCCCAACUCCCGGCCGAUUUAUACACUCGUAAGCUUUUCAGUUUUUCCAGACGUUUUUCAAAAGUUUUCAAAUACAAAUUUCUUGUUUCAGCAAUCGACAAAACACGAAAAGCCGAUGAUAUCUCAUUUGUCGACGACUCAUUCAAUCGAAUGUAUGAGUGUAUCGAUGUCGAGACGGAUUCCUUUGCAGAUCCGCUUUAUUCAAAGGUUUGCAACGUUUUUUUCUCCACUUUGUGGUUUUUGAAAAAAAUUUUUCAAAAAAAUUUAACUUAUCUAAAUUUACAAUGGAAAAAAAUCCCCUGAGGAGUUAUUUUUUUGAAUGAAGGCCAACAGUAAGUAAAACUAGUGGUUUUUAUUUUUUCUGGUUUCGAAAAUGGCUCCUGUGAUUUUCCUUUUGAAGUCUUAUUUUCCUUCGCAAAAUGGGAAAAAAUAUUGUUUACUUAAAUUUCAAAUUUUAAACGUUUACUCACAAGUUUUUUUCGCGUUUUUUUCAAAGUUUCACAGAAUUUACUAUAGUUAUAAUAGCCCGAAAAAAAUUCCGAUGAAGAAGUAUAUUCGAAGUGUUUUCUCUUACAAUUUUUCGCCAUUUUUGUCGUCCUUUUUUGUUUUAGAGCAAAAAAGCCUUUUAUAAAAUUUAACGUUAAAAAUAUUUCGAUGGUUACCGAUCGACUUUCACUUUUAUUUCCCUGAAUUUUACCAGUUCUUUUGAACAAAUUUCUCAUUCAGGUCGGCGAAACUCGUCCAGCUCCAAACAGAGAACGUCGUUACGACUACCCGGUGUUCUCAGGUCGAGUUCAGCCAGUGACGGCUCGACCUCGCGAAUCGACCGAUGAGAAUCUCUACCAGAGCGCUUCUCAAAUCUAUGCCGCCGGGAGUGAAGAUCCAUACAGGUAUAUCUUUUUUUUCCAUUUUUUUUAUUUCUCCAUGUUCCAAUAACCACUACAGAAAAUACCCGCUGCUUCGUUUUCCACGCUAUUCGCUGACUUAUUUUCCUCGGACUGAGCGUAGAGUUGUCCGAUUCGCUGUUAAAGGGUGAAAGGAGUGAAAAGUAGAAAACUGUGGAUGUUGAUUCGCAUAUUGUUAUUUUUCACUACUUUGUGGCACCACUUUGAGUGAGACCUUGAAAUUUUUUCCACAUAUUUGCACUAUUUUGCUUAAAAAUAACUAGGAAAAAUAAUGAGCCUUUACUCGUACGGUCACUGCACUCUAAUGUGUGAUAGUUCGGUUUUUUUUUUCAGUUUUUGCAAUGACUCACUAUGUUCUCUCCAAUUUUGCUUUAGUUUGACCCAUUUUUCACGUUUCAGUUCCAUAAAUUCUGAGCCAAGCCGGGCCCCUGUUGCGGAUAUUGACGGCGAUACCAGCAGUGCCUAUGAUCCAGGAUACGCAAAAGUAAUCUUCCUAUUUUCCCUUUAUCGAUGCAACUUUUUAAUAUUUUCAGGUUCAACCAACAGCCCAAAAACCUCAAAAAAGUCGCGAAAAGCUCGAGAAAACUGAGAGAGAACUGGAUCUUUUAUAUUCCAAGGUUCUGGAAAUUCUUCAAAAAAAAUUUAAAAAUGAAUCUGAUUUCAUAGAUCCGUCGAAAUAAUAAGGAAGAUGAGGUCGAUUUUGCUUCUCGACCCGGUCCUUCGUCUUUCCGGCCUCCAGUUGUGGCGGAGAUUCCGCUACCUCUUCCAAUUGUCGAGCCGAUCGUGAGAAAUGUAAAAUUCACAGUUUUUAUUCUAGAAGUCUCGUUAUACUCGUAGAGGAGAGGGUUUUUAGAAAAUUUGGUGAAGUAAAAAGUUCAGAAAUAUCUUGUCAUAACUUGAAGGAAAUAUUCAAAAAUCAGAAGACCUCAAAAAAAGUUCACAAAAAAUUUGAUAGCUGCUCCAAUGGUCACGGAAUACACUUCCAUUUUUUUCUAUUAGAACAUCAUAAUUUUUUUUUGAACUUCCAGGCCUUCGAUGAACAAUCCGUCUCCAGCCGAGAGCCGUCUUACAGAUACAUCACCAUGCGGUAUGAUUCAUUUCAAUUUUUCAAAUCUGAUUGUUUCAUUUUCAGAGAAAACGCGGACAUUGUCCGUGAAAGACUUCGACAGCAAGGCCGACUUGGUCCCCCGAUCCGAGAACAUUAUUAUUCGACCAUCGGAAAUGAAUAUGAAGUCGUGAGUUUUUUUUUUAGAUUUUUUUUUUACUGUGAAUUCAAAAUCAGAAUUUAUAAGUUAGUUAAGGUCGACGCGAAUUCUGGAGUUCAACCUGUGAGGCCAACUGGACUACCGGCUCCACUCGUUGAAGGUAUUUCUUUGAUUCAUUUUUUUCAAGGAUUUUUCAAUUUUUUUCAUUCGAUGUUUUUCCAAAUAUAUUGGAGAUAAUAAAAAAACCUAUACUAAUUUUUUUGAAUUAUCGUAGUCAGAAGCAGCUGGAAAAUAACCAUUCAAAAUAAAACUUGAAAUUCAAAUUUUUUUGACUUUUUUUAGAAGCGACAUUCUUCAAAAAUUUCUCGGUUUAUAGUUACAGUGGAGUUAAUAUAAUCAUUUUUUUUCCAGAACGCAUCCCUCCAACAACCGCUCUGAACAUCACUCUUCCUGACGUGGCUCCUCCGCCGCCGACUUCCCCAAUUCCCGACCAAGUUCCAGCCAACAUUAGCAUCCAAAGUAGAAGCCGAGAAGACGUCCGUCGCUCUCCAAACCCUAUAGAGCACACUUUGAACGGGAACGCAAAUGUAUGCCGUCGUCAGCAAGACACACAAGAAAUACGGCAACGAAAAUGGAUCCAGACCAGUUUCCGGUCUCCAACCGGAAAUCCACUAUCCCAUCUUGA